AUGGCCGAAUAUGAUAUCUCUUCAAGUUUCCACAGUGCUUACAAUUACCCCAUCAUAAUUGUGGCACUGGGAUUGGCAAAUCAAAUCUUAUCUCGCGGUUCACUGGCGACGAGUUCAAGCCUGGAGUCUAAAUCUACUAUUGGUGUCGGGUUCGAGAUCCGCUUGAUCAAUGUUGAUGCCAAGAUGGUGAAGGCACAGAUAUGGGGUACUGCAGGCCAAGAGCGUUACCGUGCCAUCACCUCUGCGUACUACCGUGGUGCCGUCGGUGGGCUCUUGCUAGGACAUCGCCAAACAUGCCACCUCCGGGAUGACGUAGACCCGAAUAUUCCCAUCAUGCUUGUUGGAAACAACACCAACGUGAAUCACCUUAGGGAAGUUCCCACUGAGGAAACACAUGCCUUCGCAGAUUUCUCCCCCACUGAACCCCUCCCCCAAGAGUCUUCCCUUCUCGCUGAAUUUCUUGCCGGUGAUUGCACUAUGCGAGGACUUCUUUGGCAGGACCUCCAUCUGGCUGCCCAGACUCUGUUCGGAGUCCUAUGCACCGCAGGGGGGUAG